AUGGUCCAAUCUUGCCCAUUCUUUGCACCCUUUUUGGGCAUUCCUUAUGAUUCUUGCGGUGCCAUCAAAUCAGUUUCCGAUGAUAAGGAAGACAAGGCCAUCCGAAAGGUCUCCAGUGCCCGAGCACCAUCUCCAAUGGACCUCCAAGAUGCUUUUGAGGAUAAACAUUUCCAGCAUUAUGCUGACAAAUUUGAAAGGUCCCCCAAGCACACCUAUUGCAACAAUCCAACCCUUGGCGACCUACUAUUGCAAGGAAAGUGCUGUCUCUUCCAUCAGCCUUCUGCCGGUUGGCAGAUGCCUCAAUUUGAUUUCCCUUUAUGGAUGUUCAAAUGUUGGCAUCAUUCCCACGGACAGCUAGGCACAACACCACUGAUCUGCAGCCUCACCAUGCCAAGAUACAAGCUGCAAGCAGUUGGAAGUAGUAUUUUUGGAGCUGGCGGACAACGUACCAACGGCGAGAAUAUGACCCAAAUGGCCAGACCAACGGUGACAUGGGCAGACCGCGUUCGCGGCUUCGCUGGUGGAAUUGCCAGACCAGAGUCGCUUGGUCCCGUGCAUGAAAAACUAGUAAAUUGGUAA